AUGUGGAGGUGUGAGCAUCUCAAGGUUUAACCAAAGAAGAAGAGUGCAACAAGUCUGCUGUGACAUCUGCUUCAUGUCUUUACAUCCUUUCUGGUUAGACAGGUCAGGAGAACUUCAGUUGUUGACAGGUUCGCUGUUUGCAGUGCUUUGAUCUGGUUUGGUGAGUGCUAUAUCUCUCUUAUCAGAAACCCCCUUUUUUAACUUAAGUUUACAAACCACUGUCUCCACAUGUAUUUCUAUAGUCAGUCAAUUUCAGUUUGGCUGAAAUGUAUUGAUGUGUGUUUUUCUUUUCAGAGUCUUAAUUUAAAUAUAAAUUUACUGAUGUGGUUUGCAAGGUGAGAGAUUUAGUGUCUUCAUGCUUGAUUUAAAAAAAACCCUGUGCCGUGCAGUUGUGGGUUCUGGAGGAUGGUUUUGUCGGACCUGUAACCACAUUGGUGCCAUCAAUCUCUGUUUCUGUCUGCUUUCUCAGAAAAACUACUCCAUAACCACAUCUUCCUCUGCAACACAUAAAUGCAUCUCGCUGAGCGACUUCUACAGCAAAGUACAAAGACGGUCUGCAAUCUCAGCAGGGACAACGACACACCACUUAAAGCUUUGACUUUUCAUCAGAGCUGAACAUGCUGGCGGCCCUGAUUCUGUCAUCGCUGAGUGUCCUGGCGUGGGCCUCCAACCUCUGCCCCCCUACCUGCCAAUGUCUCCACAAUCUGACCACUGUCGAAUGUGGUCAUGCAAGUGGACUGAACCAGAUCCCUGAUCUCCCAGAUGACACAGAGCAGCUAUUUGUUGCAUACAAUGGGAUAGAGGAAAUACCCUGGCAUAGGCUGCAGAAUCUACAGGUCCUGGACUUGACUGAGAACCAGCUGAAUGGGUCUCUGUCCCUCUACCAAGUUUGGCCCCCUAUGAAGAAGCUCUCUAAGCUCCUCCUGCGAAACAAUAACAUCAACGUUCUACUCCGUGAUCAGUUCAUGAACUGCUCUGCUCUCAGCAUACUGGACCUGAGUGAGAACCUCAUUGAACAUCUAACAGCUGGCGUCCUACAUGGAUUAGAAAGUCUGAGGACACUAACUAUGAACUUUAACCGGAUUCAAACGUUACAGGCUGGGGAUUUGGAAGGAGCCUUCAACCUUACUGAAAUCUACCUUAGUCAUAAUAAUAUAACAAGGAUAGACGACGGUGUGUUCAAGGACUCUGCACUCCUGGAGAAGUUGAUUCUGUCUGGAAACAGAAUCACAAACGUGGGCGUGGGCAGCUUCAGAGGAGCCACGGGGCUCCAACACCUUGACCUGAGUGAUAACGGGCUGGUCACUGUUCCCGCUGAGGCACUGAGGGACGUGAGUGAGCUCAGAGGGUUGAAUCUUCAGAAGAACCACCUCACCGGCCUUCCAGAGGAUUGCUUCUCCUCGCUGAGCUCGUUGCUUCAUCUAGACUUGAGCUACAACAAGAUGAGCACUCUGUCUGAGGGGUCGCUGAGAGGUCUGAGCGGUCUGCGUGUGCUGGACCUCAGUGUCAACCUCAUUGACUCCCUUCCCCCUCUACUCUUCAUCGACCUGUUCAGCCUUGAGUCACUUGAUUUGUACAAAAACAGACUGAAAUCUCUUCCUCUGGACGUUUUUAGUCACUUAAAGAACCUGCAGGAGCUGCAGCUCGAAGCCAAUGAGAUUAAUGCCAUGCCUGUCGGGGUAUUUGAUUCACUAGCCAAACUCAACGAGCUACAGCUUUCAAACAACCAAAUCCUCAAACUUGACCACGCUCUGCUCGGCAAGCUGAAGUCUCUAAAGCUCCUGUACAUAGAGAACAACUCUCUGAGGCACCUUCCCAAAGGUCUGUUCCACAAGAUUAGAAAUCUAAAGGAGAUACACCUGGAUUACAACCACAUCAGCUCUCUUCAUCCAUCUGUGUUUCGCGGUUUGGUGAAAGUAUCUUCACUCAGUCUCUCUGGUAACUCUCUCUCCUCAUUGCACCAGGACCAGUUCAGAGACCUGGUCAGCCUGAAAGAGCUCAAACUAAAUGAAAACCAAAUACUUAACCUUCCCGCGAGCCUGUUUCUCAAUCUGACUAAUCUAGCAACCCUCGACCUGGACAACAACCGAAUUUCCGAGCUGUCUCCUGAUGACUUCUCGGGGCUGACUCGCCUCAAAGAGCUCACACUCAGCUACAAUCAACUCCACUGCGUCUCUCUCAACGGCUUUUCUCGCCUCCAAAACCUCCGCAGGCUUCUGUUAAAGAACAACAGCCUGAGUCGUUUACCCGCUCAGGUCUUCGUCGGGCUUUCAAAUCUGACAGAACUCAACUUGGACGGGAACAGGUUAGAUCGCCUGGGGUCAGAUGUUUUUAAAGGACUCACAAACCUCCAGAAGUUGAGUUUGAGGUUCAACCAGCUGAGAGCAGUGGAGAAAGGGACUUUGGAGCCGUUAAGAAACCUGAAAGUUGUGCAUCUGUCAGGUAACUUGUGGGACUGCACCUGUGCACAAACUCUCUACAUCAGCAGCUGGGUCGACGCGCACGCUGACAAGCUCGCAGACCAGCCCACCUGCUUCUUCUCUUCUCUGCCUAAUACAUCUGCUUCUUCACUCUUUCCUGAGGAGACACCACUCUCUGACGCCGCUCUGUCUCCCCUCUUGUUUCAGGACGAUUGCCCUACAAGUGCUGCAAGUGGCUCAUUUCCUUUAGACAUGCUGAAUCUGCUCGCAACUUUUCUCUUCGCCAUCAGCACAUUGUGAGAUCCUCUGUUGUGGUUUUGUGCUCUCUAAUGUUUUUUUGUAUUUCCUGUCUUUGUUUUUUUUUUGUCUGCUCUUGAUUUGUGAUUUGUUGCACCGGAGUCUCGUGUGUUUAAAGUGCAACGUCUAUUCAAUAAAACAUUUUUUUGCAAAUGA